AUGGCAACCCAGCUCCCCUCAGAUACUGAUGUGUUCCAGAGUCUCUCUGCGUUCAUCGCCAGGGUGGACAAGGCGAACGACGACAGGAUGACGAUGGAGCUCCCCACGAACCCGGACGAGGCCCCUCGAGGGCCCGCCCGCAUGACCCUCCGACGGUGGCGGUCUCCGCCGGCGCCUGUAGCCGCAACGGUCUGGGUGAUGGGCUUCAUUGGCCUUGGCUUGGAGGUUGGGACGUCCAGGAGUGUGACGCAACUGUGUCCCCCAGUUAAGAAGUGCGAGGGUCCGAGCUUGUUCGAGUGUCGCAGCGGAGAGUGCAUCAGCAUGGACAAGGUGUGCAACGGGGAAAAAAACUGCCGUGACUGGUCUGACGAACCGCUGAAAGCCUGUGGCAACAAUGAGUGUUCGACCCAAAAUGGCGGAUGCUCUCAUGUCUGCAAGGAUCUGACUGUGGGCUUUGAGUGCCUCUGUCGUGCAGGAUACAAACUGAUGGCUGACAAAAAAGGCUGCCAAGACGUUAACGAGUGUGAAAGCCCAGACAUCUGCAGUCAGACGUGUAUUAAUCAGGACGGGGGUUACAAGUGUGUGUGUGAGGAGGGUUACGCUAUGGACCCCUACACUAAAGACUGCAAGGCUGUCGCAGGUAAUGUUCCCUAUCUGCUCUUCACCAAUCACCAUGACGUGAGGAUGAUGACUCUGGACCGCAAAGACUACAAACGCAUAAUCCCAGGGCUCAAGAGCGCCACGGCUCUGGACAUAGACAUCCCCAGUAAGACCGUGUUCUGGUCCGACCACACCCACAAGAAGAUCUACAGGACCCAAUUGGACAAUGCAGAGGACUCCUCCCACCACAGCGUUGUGAUUGACAGCUGGAACGGGGCCCCCGAGGGCAUCGCCGUCGACUGGAUCCACGGCAACAUCUACUGGACCGACAGUGUCCACAAGACCAUCUCCGUGGCGACUGAAGAUGGUUUGAAGAGGAAGACGUUGAUCUCCGAAGGCCUGGACAAACCGAGAAGCAUUGUGGUGGACCCUGUCAACAACUUCAUGUAUUGGACCGACUGGGGAACCAAUGCCAAGAUCGAGAAGAGCGGGUUGAACGGAGCCGACCGCGUUGCCUUGGUGACGGACAACAUUGCGUGGCCCAACGGCAUUACUCUGGACAUGGUGAAUCAGCGUUUGUACUGGGUGGACUCGAAGAUGCACGGGAUCUUCAGCAUCAGCACCGACGGGGGAGCACCCCACACCCUCAUGGCCAACGCGGGGAAGCUGCCACACCCCAUCGCGCUCACCGUCUUCGAGGACCGAGUUUACUGGACUGACGUCAGCAGCAACACAGUAAUGAGUGCCAACCGCCUUACAGGACGUGAUAUCAAGGAACUUGCAAAGAACCUGACUCAGCCUGAGGAUAUUGUGUUGUACCAUGAUCUCAAGCAGCCCAACGGAACCAACUGGUGCAGAGAGAGUAACAGUAUGAAUGGUGGUUGUGAGUUCCUGUGUCUCCCUGCCCCCCAGAUCAACCAGCGCUCCCCCAAAUACACCUGUGCCUGCCCUGACAACAUCACCCUGGCUUCUGACAUGAAGAAAUGCGAGUCAGUUGAAAAACCCAUGGUGCCACCUGUCGGACCCAAAACUGAAGCCCCAGCCCUGCCACGACAGCCUGAACCUGCCACCACUACCACAGCUACCGCCACUACCACGUCCUCUCUCCCCCGCGUACGUCCUCAGGAUCCGAAAAGUAGCUCCACCACUCAAAACCCACAGGAGACCGUCGUGUCAGCCAAAGGAAGCAGAUAUGCUGCCAUGCCAACAGAAGCCAAUACAUCUCACCCCACUGCUCUCUAUGUUGUGUUGCCAUUGAUGGUGUUGUGCUUGGUGGCCUUCGGUGGCGUGUGGUUCUGGAGACACUGGCGGCAAAAGAACACCAAUACCAUCCACUUCGACAACCCAGUUUACCAGAAGACCACCGAGGUCCAUGAGGACGAGGUCCACAUCUGCCGGAGGCAGGACCAUGAAGGAUAUGUUUACCCAGAGAGACAGGCUGUGAGUCUGGACGAAGACUAGGAGUGACUCCGAAGACUUGAAAAAGACGGAAAUGGAAGAAUAUUUAAAUAUAUGUAUUUUUGUUGAAAACGUGACCAGACGAAGGUCCUUCCGAUCCCUGGUAAUGCUGCUGCUGCUGCUGCUGACUCAUCCUCUCCACACUCUGAUGACCUCAUCAUGGGGCUUGCUGUCCUGACCUCAGCACUGUGCCGUCCAAGACUCCGAAAGGAAAACCUCCAAAUGAAGAAAAUAUGAUAUAGAAAAGGAGAGAGGGAACAUUUCUCAAGGACAAAUGGAAAACGACUUGAAGAAGACGAAGCCAUCCGUAAGCUUCUGUAGGGUGUGGUCUUGUUUAAGUGUGUGGGACCAUGGCUAAAGAAACCUUCGGAAGCCAUUUUGUAUGAACUUUUUUUUUUUAAGAUGAAAAAUAUACUACAAAUGAAGUUUAGUCCUUCAUAUUUUUUUCUGUAUAAUUGGGUUAUGGUUGUUCUGAGCCGUCAUGUGUCCGUUGUGAAAUCUUAACGUCUGUGGUUUCUCCAUCUACACUGAUACACUGUUCUUAAAUGCCUUACGACGUCCUCCAUCUUUGAACUCUUUUACCAACUACGGUAAUUAUCGCCUUCUCAUUGUGCCUCGCACGAAACACAUUUUCUUUCAACCAGUUGCCUUGUUGCCGAAUUGUGUAGAUUCCAUUCUGAUAGGAAGUUAUUAUGGUUAUGGAGGAUGAUUUGAGACUAUUAUGCAGAAGUGAUGUACUUUCUCUGUUUUUUUUCAAGAGUAGGGGAGAACAGGGACUUAAUGUAUGGAUUUUAUAAUGACCCUCAUCGCUGACCCUCAUGACCCUGUGCUCUCUGUGUUGUUGUGGUUUCUUGAUGACCAGUGACAGACAUUAAGGAGAAGAAACUUUAUUUUAAAUUACUUUUAGGUAUAAAAAAACAGAAAUUUCCUCAUGACUUAGGUGUGGGUAUGUAACGUGGAUAAUCUGUAAUCAUGAAGGAAAACUAUUGUUCAGUUGAACCGUUGCCUUGGUGUUCCCAAAACCAGUGAAGAAAAUUGGUUGCUUUUUUGUGACUUUUAGCUUGAUUAUUUUCUUUUUGAGUUGUGUUAAUAGUUUUAUAAUACUUUGUAAAUACUUAAUGUUGCUUUGCCUUGUUCAGUUUUGUACAUUGUAAACCUUGAAUGUUGUACAUAUUGCAGAUUCAUUUAUUUAUUUCUAUACAGGCCUAUAUUGUAAAAACAUUACAUUGAGAGUUUUCAAUCCAGCUUUAAUCAUCCUCUUUCUUAUUUACAUUUAGUCAUUUAGCAGACGCUCUUAUCCAGAGCUUAUUAUAUCUUAUGUAUAUGACGUCCUCAAACUCGAAAAUACAAACAUAAUUAUUUUAUGGAAUGUAACAGCUUUAUACCAUUGAACCAUCAUAUGACAGUGGUGAAAGCGAAAACUAAGAGUUUUCUGGACCGAGUACAAAAGCUGUCUGUUACGCGUGAAUUGCAACAUUUAGAAUCCUGUCUAAAUACUACGGUUGAAAUUGUGUUUUUCGGUAAAUAAAAUAUGAAUAAUUGAAAUGC